AUGACGCUGUUGAGUUUGCAUCUUCAAAAGCUCCAUUUCGCGAAAGAAUGGGUGAACUGCGUAGACAGUCACGACCUAUUCUUCAUCAUUGGCGGUCCUCAGUCUUAUCAGUCAUCAUCAUCAUCCCGGACGUUGGAGGAAGCUCGUCCUCGAGCUAAGGUUGGCGAUGGACGAAGGGGAGGAUCGCCUAAAGUCGUCGUGGAAGACGUUGGUGUUAUUGCGAUGGUAGGCGUGGAUUUUGACGUGAAAUUUGUGGGCAGUCUUCACACGAGCUCCAACUACCACUAUAAGUUUGCCCCUGAACGCGAUAGCUGGAAGGGAGAUAAACUUAGCAUGAUGCUGCGCUUUGGGAGCCUGCGCGUGCAAAGCCUGGGCGAUGAAAUUCCGCUGCCGCCUGGAUUCGAAAGUGCGCUUCUGCGAGGAACCACGUCCAACGUCUAUUUCGAUGGUAUUGUUGAAGGAGAUAGCUUGAAAGAAAAGCUGGACGAGAAGGCGGGCAGAAAUAGAAGAAACUAA